CCACUUGGUUUCUAAGAAUGGAGGAGUACCAGAACCCUUCUGUCUUCACCAGUUUUGGUUCCAUAAACUUCCAUCAACAAUUUCCUACUCCUUCUUCACUUCUCACAAUCAACUCUCACCCGAUUCUCUGAUCUGAUCAUACCCUUUUCCUUCAAUUCACUGGUUUCGCACCGCAUAAGCAUGCUGUUGAGAACUUCUUCAACCCCAAUUCUCAAUUCUUGGCUUCAUCAAACCAAAUCCCCCCCUUCUGAAUCGGACCAAUGUCACCAGCUUCAGAGAGCUAAAUCGCUCUCCUUAGCCGCUUCUUUUCACCCUCCUCCGCCUCCUUCGGAUGACUCGGCCAAGAAAUCAACCCAAAACUUGCUACAAUCGGAUGCCGCAGAUCCAAGGAGGAAGAAUCGGGUACCGAAGAAAGUGAAAUCCAAGGAGAAUGGAGCAGCAGUGCGAGAUCGAGAGCUCAGUCCCGCUUCGGAUUCGUCUUCGUCUUCCAUUCAUAGACUGUUUUCGAGCUCUGGGUUGGGUGUGAAUGUGCCAAAUUAUGAGGCGCGUGAUGAGAGGAGGGAUGAAUGUGUUCUGCAGACGAUGGUUGUCGGCGGCGGAAUGGGAAGCGACGGCGGCCGGGUGUGUGGCGGCGGAGGUGGCGGAAGAGGUUCCGAUGGCGGUGGGGGAGGGGACAACGAUAGGUCGGGAUUUAACAAUCACCAUGGUAGUAAGAGCACGGAUGCUUAUUACCAGAGGAUGAUUGAAGCAAACCCUAACAAUGCCCUUCUACUUGGAAAUUACGCCAAAUUCCUGAAAGAGGUCCAUGGAGAUUUUGCCAAGGCAGAGGAGUUUUGUGGAAGAGCGAUUCUGGCUGAUCCAAAUGAUGCAAAUGUUCUAUCACUUUAUGCUGAUCUAAUUUGGUGUACUCAGAAGGAUGCUCAACGAGCCGAAACCUAUUUUGAUCAAGCAAUUAAAACUUCCCCAGAUGAUUGCUAUCUCCUAGCUUCAUAUGCACGGUUUCUCUGGGAUACCGAUGUUGACGAAGAAGACGAUAAGGCAGAGGAAAGCUGCUCAUCUCCGCCCGGUUUCGCACAUGGAACUCCUCACCACUCUCCUUUGGCAGCAGCUUCCUAAUCUCACCAAAUAUGCAACACACUACUUUCCACUGUAAGAUAACUUCAAUAAAGUAUCAGCUCAUACACAUCUUAAGAGCCCCUUUUGUUCUUAGUAUAUAUGUAAUUUUUGCGGAAUGGAUAUGAUUCUCUAACUGGUAACCCUUUCUAUAACUUAUCCAAUGUAAAAAGGUAAUAAAUAAAGCCACUUUUGAAACCCUUUUGCCA